AUGGCGUCCUACUCACAGUAUCUCACCAAGGAAAAAGAAGACGAACUUCGCUCAAUCGCCAACGCUAUUGUGGCUCCAGGAAAGGGUAUCUUAGCUGCCGAUGAAUCUACUGGUAGUAUGGAAAAAAAGAUGGCAAGUAUCGGGCUUCCGAAUACUGAAGAAAAUCGUCGAAAAUACAGACAGCUACUAUUUACUGCUAACCCAAAUCUAAAUAAGCAUAUUUCUGGUGUGAUCAUGUUCGAUGAGACAUUCUAUCAGAAAACGGACGACGGCGUUCUUUUCGUUGAUGUGCUCAAGAAACAAAACAUCAUCCCUGGAAUAAAGGUCGACAAGGGAAUUGUCCCGAUGGCAGGUACAGUAGGAGAAUGCACAACACAAGGAAUGGAUGAUCUUAAUAAUCGAUGCGCAAACUACAAAAAGAAUGGCGCUCAAUUCGCCAAAUGGCGCUGCGUUCACAAGAUUUCCGCCGUCACUCCUUCCCACACAGCGCUUGUGGAGAUCGCACAGGUUCUCGCUCGCUACGCUUCCAUCUGCCAACAAAAUGGACUGGUACCAAUCGUCGAACCGGAAAUACUGCCUGAUGGUGAACAUGAUCUGGCUAGAUGCCAAAAAAUUACCGAGACUGUUUUAUCGUAUUGUUACAGGGCGCUUAAUGAGCAUCACGUGUUUCUUGAAGGAACUCUACUGAAACCGAACAUGGUAACAGCCGGUCAAGGUUUUAAAGGACCCAUGCCUUCUUCGGAUGAUAUCGCACUCGCCACCGUAACCGCGUUGCAGCGCUCUGUACCUCCUGCUGUUCCAGGUGUUGUGUUCCUUUCAGGUGGACAAUCAGAAGAAGAUGCCAGUCGUAAUCUGAAUGCUAUUAAUAAAGUAGUUGGAAAGAAGCCGUGGGCUCUCACAUUCUCGUACGGUCGUGCUCUGCAAGCGUCGUGUCUUGCGAAAUGGGCAGGAAAGGAUGAGAACGUCAAAGCUGCUCAGGAUGUGUUUUUCGUUCGAGCACAGGCAAAUUCAUUGGCAUCGUUGGGCAAGUACAGUGGUGAUGCGAAUGCGGACGCCGCAGCUAGCCAGUCGCUUUGUCAGUGCCUGUGUAUGGCGUCAUACUCGCAGUUCCUCACUAAGGAGAAGGAAGAUGAACUGCGAUCCAUUGCACAAGCAAUCAUUGCUCCUGGAAAAGGAAUUCUAGGUAAGUUCUUACUAUUCACUGGGAAUCCUGAUCUCGGAAAAUAUAUUUCUGGUGUGAUUAUGUUCGACGAAACGUUCUAUCAAAAAGCUGACGAUGGUGUGCCCUUUGUUGAUGUGCUGAAGAAGCAGAACAUCAUUCCUGGAAUAAAGGCAGCCACAAAGGCAACACAGUUUAAGUGUGAAUUAAACUACAAGACCAGGGUCAGUAGGUUGACAAAGGUACAGUACCUAUGGGGGGUACCGUUGGAGAAGUCAGCACACAAGGAAUGGAUGAUCUUAACAACCGUUGCGCGAGAUACAAGAAGGCAAAUCCUACGACAUCACGCAAUUUCCAACACUCACCUCUUCGACGGUGCUCAAUUUGCCAAAUGGCGCUGCGUUCACAAAAUCUCCAACGUAACACCUUCUUCUAUGGCGUUAGUCGAGAUCGCUCAGGUGCUUGCUCGCUACGCUUCUAUUUGUCAGCAAAACGGACUGGUACCUAUUGUAGAACCGGAGAUUUUACCUGAUGGUAAUCACGACAUCGCUAAAUGUCAAAAAAUCACUGAGUUGGUACUCUCAUAUUGCUACAGAGCGCUCAAUGAAAACCAUGUUUUUCUUGAGGGAACACUACUGAAACCAAAUAUGGUGACUGCUGGUCAGGGUUUCACUGGAGGUAAACCGACACCCGAAGAAGUUGGAUUCGCUACUGUCACUGCUCUACAAAGAUCCGUACCGGCCGCUGUUCCCGGUGUUGUAUUCCUCUCAGGCGGUCAGUCGGAAGAAGAGGCCACUCUGAAUCUAAAUGCAAUAAAUAAGGUCCCAGGUAAGAAACCGUGGGUGCUGACAUUUUCAUACGGUCGAGCCCUGCAAGCGUCGUGUCUCGCGAAGUGGGGAGGAAAAUCCGAAAAUGUCAAAGACGCCCAGGCCAUUCUACUACAACGAGCACAGUCGAACUCAGCGGCAUCACUUGGAAAGUAUACUGGCGGCUCGACUGCUGGCGGUGUUGUCGGCAAGUCGCUAUUCGUAGCAAAUCAUGCGUAUUAA